AUGCGCUAUGGAAGCUUUGCAGCCAGCAUGACCGGGAAUGUCAUCUUUGCUGGCAGGGAGCUGGCCAAGUGCUCCUGGUCAGAUGUACUUUUCUAUCUGUGCGUCAUGGCCUCCUGGGCCACGGGUUCCGCUAUGUAUACUGAGAUUCAGAGGAUCUGCCCACGCAGGGGUGGAUCAUGGACUGCCGUCGUGGUGGCAGUGAUCUCCACCGCGGUAGAUGUUGCGUACAAUCUGAGUGACCGCGGCCACUCGCCUCGCUGGUGGAUUCUUGGGCUCAUCCCAAUCUUCGGCGUAGCGGAGGCCUUCGCGCUGCAGAACCUGAGUCUUCCAACGACCGGUGUGGCCAAGCACCUUUUCAAUGUCUCAAGGCUUUACGAGCUGCUGCGCAAGGAGACUGUGGUCACUCUGCGCGAGGAUGUCAUGCUCAGUGCCAUCGUGUUAAGUGGUAUGAUUUGUGGUGCAGUGCUGGGGGAGCGUUUGGUGGCGACUUUUGGGCUGGAAGUGCGAUGGUGCUUCAUGCCAGUAGCACCGCUUGUGGCCGUCGCAAUCUGCGUACACGAAUGGCUCCAGGCAGAUUCGAUUUCUAAUGAGAGCGACGAUAGCGAGGAAAGCUCUUGA